GUCAGAUCGGAGUACGGUUGUCUGUGGCUGGCAGGCGGGUUGCGCAGGCGCAGAGAGCCCGGGCCCCCGCCGGUUGAGGUAGCCCUAGGUGAGGGGGCCGAGGGUGCACCUGUGGGGCAGGAGCGGCGAGUUCACGCCCCGGUGGGUGCGGUUAGCCGCCAGACCAGGCUCGGGGCUGAGGCUAGCCUCCAGGAGGGGCCCCGAGAGAGGUCGGGGGCGGGCCUGAUUGGCCUCUGUCCUCAGAGCGGGAUGCGGUGACGGACCUGAGCGACCAUGGCAGCGGCAGACGAGCUGGCCUUCCACGAGUUCGAGGAAGCUACUAAUCUGCUGGCCCAGAACCCAAAUGAGGCCACCACCAGAGGUAAUCAGCUGGUCCCCCAGCAGCACGUGGCUGUGGCCAUGGACUCAGGUGGCAGCUACGGAGCUGAGGACGAGGUGGAGGAGAAUGACAAGACCGCGCUCCUACAGGAGGAGAAGCAGCAGCCUGGUUUCUGGACCUUUGGCUACUAUCAGAGCUUCUUUGACGUGGACACCUCACAGGCCCUGGGCAAGUGCUGGCAAUAUGCACCUGGGAGAACAAGAGCUCCUACCCAGGCUGGUCCUGGACAGGAUCAAAGGCUCGCUGCUGCCCCGGCCAGGCCACAACUUUGUACGGCACCAUCUGCGGAAUCGGCCAGACCUGUACGGCCCCUUCUGGAUCUGUGCCACACUGGCCUUCGUCUUGGCCAUCACCGGCAACCUGACCCUGGUGCUGGCCCAGAGGAGGGACCCCUCCAUCCACUACAGCCCCCAGUUCCACAAAGGUCCUGUGGCUCAUCCCUGUCCCGUGGCUGCAGUGGCUCUCCGGGGCCCUGGCCCUGGGCCUGUCAGCCGCGGGCCUGGUGUUCACCCUCUGGCCCGUCGUCCGUGAGGACACGCGGUUGGCGGCUGUGCUGCUGCUCUCCGUGGCGGUGCUGCUCCACGCCCUCCUGGCCACGGGCUGUAAGUUUUACUUCUUCCAGCCGCUGCCUCUGGAGCCCGCGGCACCUCCCCACCAGGCCACAUCUCAGCCCCCAACUGUACUACUGUCACCGCCCCCGCCAAGGUCCGCAGCAGCCUAGGAAGGCUGGAGCCCACAGGCCCAGCGUAAGGGGGUGCCUCUGCCUGCCCUGCCCCCCAGACGGUGACUGAAGGCUCCCCUGAGACCUCGAGAUGAUUUUGCUACUUUCCAGACUUUUCUUACAAAGCAAACACUUUUAUUUUCUAUGCAAAGGUGAUUCAGAGAAUUUAUAUAAAGGCGGGAGGGGGGCAGAGCAGGGAGUUUCCAGGGCAGCCAUCGCCCCACAGGCUGCCUGCCAGGAUGGGUGGGCAGCGCAGGGGGCCGCCCCAGCCUCGGCUGUGCCUGCUCUUCCUGGGGGGCCCAGUUAGGGGGCCUUGGGCCUAGCCUGAGCUCCACCACAUCCGAGUUUGGGGGUGUUAGAAACGGGGAGCAGAAGUAGAAGAAAACUGCCUGUGCUGAAACAUACAUUUCCUUGUUUAUUAGGUUUUUUUUUUUUCUUUUCUUUUUUUCUUUUUUUUGGAGAGGUCCCUGCAAGGCCCCUUCCCAGGCUGGGGAGGGACCAAAAUGCCGUCGUAGUAGGGACUGGAGCAUCUACAAAUACUGAAGGGGAUACACAGGCCUAACGUUAGCUACAAGGAAAAAGGAUGCCUUCCACGACAGACCCUUGAGGUUUCUGUGUCUGCUCAAGCGGCUGACAGUGACCCUUGCCCCCAGGGCCCACGGGGCCACCCGUUCUAGCUCUUGGUGUGGGUGUGGGUGUGGGACCUGCAGGGGCUCAGGGACAGGACAGCAGCAAGUGGCAGGGGCUGAGGACGGAGGGCCUUCCCGACAGCCGGGUGGGUUGUACAUUCAAGUGUGAGGUGAACCCUUUGGUGGGAGGGGGCCGAGGGGCUCCAGAGGCCCGGCCCCGCCCCAUCCUGAAGACUCAGCAGGGCUGACCCUCGCCACUGAGCCUCUGAGUCGGGGAGAAGGGCUGCUGGCUCGGCCCGGCCGGCCUGAUGUCUCGGAGGGUCUGUGGAUUGACACUGGUUCUUUUCGUAAAAAAAUAAAAUUAAAAAAAGCA